GUUCACGUGCCGACAUUGUCGCCAGUGUCAGAGUAGCGAUGAACAAACGAAUUUUAGUAUUGACGAUUAGCUGUGUAGUGUUCUUUUGCGUGGAAAAGAGUGAGUGCCGCUUUCUACACCGACGAGUAGCCCGGAACGAUGCAGAGGAACCCGAUGACCACAGCCGGACGGAGACACGACCAGCCCACCUGGGCCAUCGAAUAGCUCGGAGUUUGCUGCAUGCAAUUUUAGAGCUGGGUCAUCAUUACGAGCAUGGACAUCAUCACCACGGCCAUCACCACUACCCUUAUCAUCAUCAUUAUCCGCAUCACUACGAGCAUCAUUACCCACACCACUACGAGCAUCACUAUCCGUACCAUCAUCACUACGAGCCGCAUCAUCACCUCGAGGAGCUGUACCACCAUCAUCCGUACCACCAUGAACAUGCCGAAGGACACAUCGACGUUCACGAUGUUCAUCAUCACUAUUCCUUGCAUUAAUUUCAAAAAGAGAAUAAUUGCUAGUUAACAAUACCUAUACGCUUCCAGAACAUGAUAAAGUCACAUAAAUUUCCGACUUCCAGUUGUUGUGUUUGAAAUCAGUUCGUCGAAAUCAUCCCAUUCCCGGCACAUCCUGGCACAUAAUUCCAUCCUACUUUUCCAUCCCUCCCUCCAAAAUGCAGCAAUUAAAUUUCGAUCCGAAACAAAUUCGUCCCA